AUGACUUCUGUUCGAGUUGUGAUCUCCUUGGCGGCAUCUCUUGGAUGGAAGCUAUGGCAAUUUGAUGUAAAAAUGCUUUCUUAUAUGGUGAAAUUGAAAAGGACAUUUACAUGGACCAGCCACCUGGGUGAAUCACUACACAUGAUUGUCUUAUUGUAUGUGGAUGAUAUGAUUAUUACUGGCAAUGAUGAAGGGGAGGUUGCAAAGCUUAGGGCUGAACUCUCUAUUCGGUUUGAAAUGAAAGAUUUGGGUGAACUAAAUCAUUUCCUUGGCUUGGAAGUAGAAAAGGUGAAUGAUGGCAUUUUUCUAUCUCAAAAGGGAUAUGCCAAAAAGCUUAUUGAAAGAUUUGGGAUUAAUUCAAGCAAGCUGUGCUCUACUCCUCUUGAUGCCAACAUAAAGAUUAGGCGUAAGGAAGAACCACGGAAACCACAUUUGGAUGCUGUGAAGCAAAUUUUGAAGUAUGUGAAUACCACUUGUGACAUGGGAAUCCUUUAUAACAAAGGAACUGUUUUUCUCUACUUGGGUUUGGAUGCUGAUUUUGGUGGUGACUUAGAUGAUCGAAGAUCUACUGGUAUGUGUUCUUUUGUGGCUCAGGAUGUGUUUCAUGGUGCAGCAAAAGCAAGAUUCAAUUUCUCUUUCUACUACGGAAGCGGAGUAUAA